AUGAUGGACAUUAUCCAAAUCGGCAACGAUGCCAUAAUGGUUGCCGACCAUUACCUGGGGACCUCGGUUGAUGAUUGCCUUUGGGGUGUGAGAUCCAAUUCCUUCAUUGCAGCAGUCGUGGUAUUCCUUAGAAAUGAUAAUCCAACGCCUUCUGGUAGCGAACAGCCAUUCGCAUUUAAUGCAUAUCUAGCGCAAGAGAGCUGGGCAAUCACCGCGAUAGCCGUAUAUACUUCUGAUGACUCGAAUCAUGCAGCCUUUGCAGACGAAGCCAUCAAGAUCUCUUCUCCGUUAGAUUUUACUGAUACAGGGAAGCUUGUUGACAUAUGCAAACGGAAAUCAAUUGAUGCUGUCCAUCCAGGCUAUGGAUUUCUUUCUGAGAAUUCCGAAUUUGCGCGUGCGCUUGAGCAGGAUGGUAUCACCUUCGUGGGACCAACACCGGACAUUCUCUCUUGCUUAGGCGACAAGACAGCAGCGAGGGCUAUGGCAGAAUCCUGUGACGCUGCCCAUUUCGUUGCCUCCGUGGGUUACCCUGUGAUGGUCAAAGCCGUGGAUGGUGCUGGCGGUCGAGGAAUCAGGUUGAUCACAGGGCCAGGAGCGCUUCAGAAUGGCUUUGCUAGGUGGGAGAUGCGGUAG